GAGUGCAAUCACAGCCUCGGCUUGCGGCGACCGGCUUAAAAAAGGAAACACCCGAGACCGAGAGGGCGAAGGAAAUCUGGCCGCCGACGCGUGCGCGCUCCCGUGAAAGGAAAGCCCAAGAAGUAAAGAAACUUUUACAGUAAUUGUUGAUUUGGCUAUUAUGCUGAUCCCCCGAAUCAAAAAAAGCUGCUGAAACGUAGAAGCUGAUUUUGUCACAGCGUAAGAUGCCUUUGGAAAAUUCUGCAUUCCUCUUAGAUGAAUCUUUACAACUUGUCAACACUCGUUUAACCAAUACCAAGAUCAAGAUAUAGAACAUUUUCAUCAAUCCAGGAGCCUCCUUCAUGCCCCCUGACAGUCAUCACGCACUCCCAAAGAAUUCUGAGACUGAUGGUCAGCCAUACAGAAGAAUACAUUGAACUUACAGUUUUCUGAAGAAUCAGUUCAAAAGAUUCCCAAAAUACAAAAGGAGAAGUACAAAUGUCUACUACAAGACGAAAACGUAAUAUGUUAUGUUGUUUACCGUAAGCUGUAGUAAAAUGAGCUCACUUGUUGACAGAGACGAUGGUAGUAUUUUUGAUGGGUUGGUGGAAGAAGAUGACAAGGACAAAGCAAAAAGAGUAUCUAGAAACAAAUCUGAAAAGAAACGUAGAGAUCAGUUUAAUGUUCUCAUUAAAGAACUGGGAUCCAUGCUUCCUGGGAAUGCUAGAAAGAUGGACAAAUCUACUGUUCUACAGAAGAGCAUUGAUUUUUUACGAAAACAUAAAGAAAUCACUGCACAGUCAGAUGCUAGUGAAAUUCGACAGGACUGGAAACCUACAUUCCUUAGUAAUGAAGAGUUUACACAAUUAAUGCUGGAGGCUCUUGAUGGUUUUUUUUUAGCAAUCAUGACAGAUGGAAGCAUAAUAUAUGUGUCUGAGAGUGUAACUUCAUUACUUGAACAUUUACCAUCAGAUCUUGUGGAUCAAAGUAUAUUUAAUUUUAUCCCAGAGGGGGAACAUUCAGAAGUUUAUAAAAUACUCUCUACGCAUCUGCUGGAAAGUGAUUCAUUAACCCCUGAAUAUUUAAAAUCAAAAAAUCAGUUAGAAUUUUGUUGUCAUAUGCUUCGAGGAACAAUAGACCCAAAGGAGCCAUCUACUUAUGAAUAUGUGAAAUUUAUAGGAAAUUUCAAAUCUUUAAACAGUGUAUCCACUUCAGCACACAAUGGUUUUGAAGGAACAAUACAACGCACACACAGGCCUUCUUAUGAAGAUAGAGUUUGUUUUGUAGCUACUGUCAGAUUAGCUACACCUCAGUUCAUCAAGGAAAUGUGCACUGUUGAAGAACCUAAUGAAGAGUUUACAUCUAGACAUAGUUUAGAAUGGAAGUUUCUAUUUCUAGAUCACAGGGCACCACCCAUAAUAGGAUAUUUGCCAUUUGAAGUUCUGGGAACAUCAGGCUAUGAUUACUAUCAUGUGGAUGACCUAGAAAAUUUGGCAAAAUGUCAUGAGCACUUAAUGCAAUAUGGGAAAGGCAAAUCAUGUUACUAUAGGUUCCUGACCAAAGGACAACAGUGGAUUUGGCUUCAAACUCAUUAUUAUAUCACUUAUCAUCAGUGGAAUUCAAGGCCAGAGUUCAUUGUUUGUACUCACACCGUAGUAAGUUAUGCAGAAGUUAGGGCUGAAAGACGACGAGAACUUGGCAUUGAAGAGUCUCUUCCGGAGACAGCUGCUGACAAAAGCCAAGAUUCUGGGUCUGAUAAUCGUAUAAAUACAGUCAGCCUCAAGGAAGCAUUGGAAAGGUUUGAUCACAGCCCAACUCCUUCUGCUUCCUCCCGGAGUUCAAGAAAAUCAUCUCACACUGCAGUCUCAGACCCUUCCUCUACACCUACAAAGAUCCCAACGGAUACUAGCACUCCUCCCAGACAGCAUUUACCAGCUCAUGAAAAGAUGGCACAAAGGAGGUCAUCAUUUAGUAGUCAGUCCAUGAAUUCCCAGUCUGUUGGUCAGUCAUUAACACAGCCAGUGAUGUCUCAAGCUGCAAAUCUACCAGUUCCACAAGGCAUGUCCCAGUUUCAGUUCUCAGCUCAGUUAGGAGCCAUGCAGCAUCUGAAAGACCAGUUGGAGCAACGGACUCGGAUGAUAGAGGCAAACAUCCAUCGGCAACAAGAAGAACUAAGAAAAAUUCAAGAGCAGCUUCAAAUGGUCCAUGGUCAAGGGCUUCAGAUGUUCUUACAACAAUCAACCCCUGGAUUGAAUUUUGGUUCUGUUCAACUUUCUUCUGGAAAUUCAUCUAAUAUCCAGCAGCUUGCACCUAUAAAUAUGCAAAGCCAGGUUGUUCAGACUAACCAGAUUCAAAGUGGAAUGAAUACUGGACACAUUGGCACAACUCAGCACAUGAUACAACAGCAGACUUUACAAAGUACAUCAAGUCAGCAGAAUCAACAGAAUGUACUGAGCGGGCACAGUCAGCAAACAUCUCUUCCCAGUCAGACACAGAGCACGCUUACAGCCCCACUGUAUAACACUAUGGUGAUUUCUCAGCCGACGGCCGGAAGCAUGGUCCAGAUUCCAUCUAGUAUGGCACAAAACAGUUCCCAGAGUGCUGCAGUAACUACAUUCACUCAGGACAGACAGAUAAGAUUUUCUCAAGGUCAGCAGCUUGUGACCAAGUUAGUAACUGCUCCUGUAGCCUGCGGGGCGGUCGUGGUGCCCAGCGCUAUGCUCAUGGGUCAGGUGGUGACUGCCUACCCUACCUUUGCUCCACAAGCGCCGCAGUCACAGACGCUGCCGGUCACGCAGCAGCAGCAGCAGCAGCAGAGUUCCCAGGAACAGCAGCUCCCUGCAGUUCAGCAGCCACCGCAGGCGCAGCUGGCUCAGCCGCCGCAGCAGUUUUUACAGACUUCUAGAUUGCUCCAUGGGAACCCUUCAACUCAGCUUAUCCUCUCUGCUGCAUUUCCACUACAGCAGAGCACUUUCCCUCAGUCACAUCACCAGCAACACCAGUCUCAGCAACAGCAGCAACUGAAUCGGCGCAGGACUGACAGUUUGACUGAUCCUUCCAAGGUUCAACCACAGUAACACACACACUUCCUUUCUGCCCUCAAGGGAGGAAAGGGGUGGCCCAUAAAAGAGUUGCUCGGAUGAUCUGAGGAUAGGAUGAAAAGUUCCAGUGGUUUCAUGAGAUGCAGUAUUGAGUGUUCUAGUUCCUGGAAUUAGUUAGCAGAGAAAAUGCUGCCUCGUGCUGCGGAUGUGCAUUAAAUACCAGCCAGCAGGAGAUGAUCAUAGGGCCAUAGCCAAUUCUGACAAUGUUUUACUUGCCCAGAUAUUUUUUGAUGGAAAAAGAGUAUAUUGCCAAGUGUUAAGAAACUCAGCUAUGAAACAUGACCUCCAGUGAAUAAGAAAGGCACUAACAAUGUUAGUAACUUUGAGCGGUUCUGUGCCUGUUUUCAAGUGUUACAGAGGAUACACCACUGCCAUGUCAGGGGUUAGCUUACAAUGAUGCCAUGAAGACAGUCCAGUAGACUCAGUAGGCCCCCUUCCCCAACCCCUCUCCCUUUUCGGAUAAUGAUGGAAUAGUAAUUAAUUUCAGAAUGUUGUGUGAGUUUAAAUUCUCUAUGUACAGAUGCUGUAAAAAUAAUAUUAUGUAUAUGUCUGGAUAAAAGGAGAGAAAGCAAAA